UGCUUUGGGACAUACAGGAAGUAAACAUUGUUCACAUGCAGUUUCCGUUUGUAUAUCCUUUUUGACGACGGUUUGAUAUUUACCUUUGUAUGUUUUGUUGUUGUAUUUCACAGCUAACGUCACAUCGGCUCCAGCUAUGAGUGCUGUCAUCCCUCGGAUAGAGCAGCUGUCUGCCAGAGUUGUUCGGGUUUUGGGCUGUAACCCGGGACCGAUGACCCUGCAGGGAACCAACACAUACCUGGUGGGCACUGGCCAAAGGCGAGUGCUGAUAGACACGGGAGAAGCUGCUGUGCCUGAAUACAUCAGCAGUCUGAAACAGGCACUGAGGCAGUUCAACACCAGCAUCCAGGAGAUCAUCGUCACACACUGGCAUCAUGACCACACGGGCGGAGUGGAAGACAUCUGCAGGGACAUCACUGGUUCUGAGGUGCGAGUUAGCAAACUGCCUCGCUCCAGCCAAGUCACAGAGACCGCUGGAAACAAACGCUUUACUUAUCUGAAAGAUGGAGAUGUUGUCCAGACGGAGGGGGCCACACUCAAAGUGCUGUUCACCCCAGGCCACGCUGAUGACCACAUGGCCUUGCUGCUGGAGGAGGACCGGGUGCUCUUCUCUGGAGACUGCAUCCUGGGCGAAGGCACAGCCAUGUUCGAGGAUCUCUACGACUACAUGAAGUCUCUGAAGAUCCUGCUGGACUCCGAGGCUGACAUCAUCUACCCUGGUCACGGCCCUGUGGUUCAGGAUGCUGGCUCUAGGAUCAGACACUACAUCAGCCACCGGGACCAAAGAGAGCAGCAGAUCCUGGCUGCCAUUCAGGAUGGAGCAGGGAAGCCUUUCUCCUCAAUGGAGCUCGUCAAGAUGGUCUACAAGGACACUCCUGAAUACCUGCAUCAAGCGGCUAAUGUGAACCUAGUCCAUCACUUAAAGAAACUGGAGAAAGACGGCAAGAUCACCCUGGUGAAUGAAUCUUCACAGAACGUCAAAUGGAAGAGUAACCUGUGAUGUCCACAGACACCGUGAAGAAAUCAACUCUCAUUGACCAUUUGGCAAGGAUGAUGAAAUCCGUCUAGUCGACAGAUAAUAUAAUAAUCUUUCAAUCGAAAAUGAUCACGUUUUAGCAUAAUGUUUAGGGUCGAAUGCCUUAGAUCUGCUGAUUGACAAGAUAUGUUAUUGAUGGUCACACAUGUUGCCUUGGAUGUUUCCUGACUCAGAGCAAAUGGAACAAGACCAACAAUCACACUCUUGAGGACUGAGCUGCAGCCUGUGUCAAAGUCUUACAAGCCCAAUAUUUGUCUGAAGGUCAGCAGAAUUUUGCCUGUGGCAGAAUGGAAAAGUAGCCCCGUCCUAGAAUGUGAUUAGUGUGCGACUGUGCUCCCAUCUGCCUGAAUUACAUUGUCUUAUUUUCCUUCUUCCUUCUACGAGGCUUUUUCCUCCCAGUUUAGUAACUUAGCCAACACUUUUCUUGACUUGAAACUAAUUUAGCUGAUGGGCGCCCAGAUAGCUCAGUUGGUAGAACGGGCGCCCAUAUAUAGAGGUUUACUCCUCGACGCAGCGGGCCAGGUUCGACUCCG